CAGUUGUCUGUCAAGUUUAUUUGCGAGAAAAUGUUUGUUGAUAAUUAUUCUUUUCAAGAUUAAAUAACAUUUAUCAGUGUUGUGUUAAAAAGUGAAUAUACAUAAAUUAACGUCCAAUUCUCGAUAAUUUGUUAAAGUUUUUUUUUUUGCCUCAGUUAAUAUCUAAUAUACUCGGUGACCGAAACAUUCGAAUACUUGUGACAAUUUAUAGGUUAGGUUCGUCUGUAAAAUGGCAGAUGUACGUGAUAUUUUGGAUCUUGAAACUCCAACGACAGAAUUAACGAAAGAAACAAUUUUCGGCGAGAAUAAAAAGGUGAGAAAAAGAUAUGAUUAUCGUGUUCCAAAACGACCCGAGGGGAUGCAUAGGGAAGUUUUUGCAUUGCUUUGCAAAGACAACAACGAUGUGCCACCAUUGUAUCCAACAGAUACGAGCAAGGGUUAUAAACAGGUAAAAGCACAAUUGGGAAUGAGAAAAGUAAGACCCUGGAAAUGGACACCAUUUACAAAUCCUGCACGCACUGAUGGAGCUAUUUUUCAUCAUUGGCGACGUGUCGCCGAUGUGGGAAAUGAAUAUCCUUUCGCGAAAUUUAACAAAAAAGUUCCCGUUCCGUCUUACACGAAUGCAGAAUAUUUGCAACAUUUAGUCGUAAAUAAUUGGUCACGCGCGGAAACUGAUCAUUUAUUUGAUUUGUGUCGAAGAUUUGAUCUUAGAUUUAUUGUCAUUCAUGAUCGUUGGGAUCGAACUAAAUUUUCCGUCAAAACUGUCGAAGAAUUGAAAGAGCGAUACUAUCAGGUUUGUGGUUCGAUAACAAAAUCGAAAUCACACUCGGAGAAGAUUUACUCCUUUGACGGGGAGCAUGAAAAGCACAGGAAGGAACAAUUGAAAAAAUUAUUUGAACGCACACCGGAACAAGUUGAAGAGGAGCAAACUCUUCUUGCGGAAUUACGUAAAAUUGAGCAAAGAAAGAAGGAAAGAGAUCGUAAAACACAGGAUUUACAAAAAUUAAUAACCGCCGCUGAUCAUCAAUCAGAUCCAAGAAAAAGUGAACGAAAAUCGUCUAAGAAAAAUAGUAGUUCAUCGAGAAAUCGACCGAGUAAAGCCGAUUCUUCUCAUACCAUUAAUUUUCAGGCCGUCGAAUCAGCUGGAAUCAAGUUUCCUGAUUUUAAGAACAGUGGAGUUUCUCUUCGUUCACAGAGAAUUAAAUUACCGAGCAGUUUAGGUCAAAAGAAAAUGAAGGGCAUUGAACAAAUGUUAACUGAAUUACAGCUUGAAUUAAAUCCACCACCAACGGAACAAAUUUGUCAACAAUUCAAUGAACUUCGCAGUGAUAUUGUACUUCAUUAUGAAUUACGAGGAGCAUUGACAACCUGUGAUUAUGAAUUGCAAUCUUUGAGGCAUCAGUAUGAAGCUCUCGUACCCGGAAAGACCUUAACAAUCCCGACGGCUCUUUUGCCGAAAACAGAACCGGAAGUUAAAUCAGAUAUUAUUGAUGUUGUAGGAUCUCCUAGUAUGCCAAAUGUUGGACAUUAAUUUUGUCGACGAGAUUGUAAAUCUGUGUAUACAUACUUUAGAUUAAUUUAAUUACUAUUUUAAAUAUUAAGACUUAAUUGGAGAAAAAUUAUUUUUCUUCGUCUUUUUUUUGUGAAAUUCCAAAUGUUCAACUGAAUGAAAUUUCUCAAUUUCCAUUAGUUAAGAUUA